AUGAGGUACCGCGCAGGACAAGCAUUAGCUCUGGCCUUAGACAAGUCACUCCAUGACUACGUGGAAGAGGACGAAUUCUGCGAGGCCCGUCGGAGAGCAUGGUGGAUGACGUACUACUGUGUUAUACAAGGCGCCAUCGUCAGCACAACUCCCCCCACUCUUGUCAUUAAUGACCCUCAAUUCACAACCCCAUAUCCACGAUUUGCAUCUGAUGUUGAGGGAUGGUCCAUCUUGAUACAAGCACAACAAGUGCUGGUAUCAGCGACACAAUUUAUUGCCGAUCUAAAUAAAACACUUGCAUCGCAGUCAGGCCUGCACUACAUGUUUGAGCGGAUGCAACAGCUUGAUUCCUGGACAAAUUCCGUACUUGCACAAACCGAAAUCCUCCCAAUCACAUCACACGAGCCAGACUUCGGCGACUGCCGCGAAACCAUCACAGCACAAUGUAUACGAACAAUGUCCAGGAUCAAGCUAUCUAGUGCCCAAAUCAAAACUCAUCGAUUUCGCGCCUUUUCAGAUAUUCCCAUCUUCGUCAAACGACACUGCGAUUUAACAGCCGCCAACGCUACUAACACAGCCCAAGUCCUCACUCCAAAAUCAUCGGGCACAGGAAUCAACAGUGUCUCAUGUCCAUGCAGCAAUCUGGACCAAUUCCGGCGAGCUUCAUCAGCUGAAUACAUGACCCCAUCGGACUCCUCCACCUCAUCAGACAUUCAUCCUUACAUCCCUCAAUACCCACAAUAUCCCUUCGCUACAGGGUUCCCAUACAGCACGCAGCACUCCGCCAAGAUCUGCCUUCGCGCUGCCAUUCUCAUCUCACACUUGUUCGAGUCUUUACCGUACCCGCAACCACUACCUGAAACACAUCAACAACCGCGUCAGCAAGGCAGUGUCUUACCUCGGACUAUGCCUUCUUUUGCUUGUUGUUUGAUGCAGAGUAGUUACGCGAUGUUUAUGAUUUUCUACAAGGCUCGUGUGGCAAACCAGGCGUCCCCGGAUGUGGAAACUGAGAUUGUGAGUGACUCGAUCGACAGACUGGUCGAGGAGCUUCGGCAAGGUCUGCAGCGGAUUAUCGGGGCUGUUUCCAACUAUUCAUUGGCUUUUGAAGCUUUGGAUGGGAUGAGAGAUGAGAUUCAAGGAGCAUACCAAACGGCGUUCCCGCCGAACCCAGCUAUUUAA